AUGGUGAAGUGUAAAAAGUACUAUGAUUUAUUGGGUGUACCGCCAACAGCAACUGAUGUUGAGAUCAAAAGAGCCUACAGGUUGAUGGCUUUAAAAUGGCAUCCUGAUAAGAACAAUCACAGCGAGGAGUCUACCGCAAAGUUUCAAGAGAUAACGAAGGCGUAUGAAAUUUUAUUUGACAAGGAAAAGAGGACUGUCUACGACGAAUAUGGCGAAGAAGGUCUACACGAAUUGGCCAAAAGUGAAAGUCCAACGGCAGAGGAUACAGCUUCCGUGCCAACAUACUCUAUGAAGUCUAAUGACAUCUUUUCACAGUUCUUCGGUGAAGGGUUCUUCCAAAAUACACAUUCAAAAGACAGAAAAGGUCCAAACAUUAACCAUGAACUUUUCUGUACACUGGAAGAGUUAUACAGGGGUAAAAAUACAAGACUCUCUCUGUCCAAGUCCAUCAUAUGUCCAGAAUGUAACGGUCGUGGCGGUACAAAAGUGAAUACAUGCGGUCAUUGUUUUGGUAGAGGCCGUGUAUUGAUUCAAAAACAGGCUGGUCCUAUUGUUCAGCGGUAUGAGAGUACUUGCAUUGCCUGUAACGGUUACGGUAAACUGGUGAUGCAGGAUGGUCUAUGCAAGACCUGUAAUGGAAAUUUAAAAAUCAAUCAGACAAAGAUCCUUCGGCUGAAAGUGCCACCAGGUACGAAAGCUGGUGACACUAUAGUAUUCCACAAUGAAGGAGAUCAAGCGUUUGGUUAUGAUCCUGGCGACGUUGUUGUCACAAUCAAGGAGAAAAAACAUAAUUAUUUUAAGAGAAAAGGUUCAGAUCUAUACCGUACAGUGAAGGUUGAUCUACGUACAGCACUGUGCGGUGGACAUUGUUCUAUACAGCACUUGAAUGGCAAAUGGCUCAAGUUACUUCUUAUUCCAGGUGACAUCGUUGAACAAGAUGGGUUAAAAGUUGUUGAAAACUACGGUAUGCCCAAGAGGAGGGACCCCUCCGUUUUCGGUAACCUCUACGUGAACUUCAUAGUCACUUUUCCAAAGGUUGGUGAGCUUACAAAAGAGAACUUUGAACUGCUGAGUAAAGCACUACCACCUGGUCCAAGUUUAAACAUUCCAGAAGGUGCAGAAGUCGACGAACAAGUUGUCACUGCUUUUGAUCCGUCAACCCAUAGUUAUAAGAAACGGAAAAGAGCCCAUGAUGAAACAAGAUCACGAGGUGGGUCGUCUCCU